GAUGCGCGAGACCUCAUGAGAGUCGGGAAGAAGCCAGUGUUGAAGCGCAACUUCGGCUUCAUGUCCAUUCUGGGGUUCUCUUGCACAGUCUUGAUUACGUGGGAGGGAAUGCUAAUCGUCUCCACGGCGAGCCUCGCCAACGGGGGACCUGCUGGAGUGAUAUGGGGAUACAUCAUUGUUUGGCUUGGCACAUUGUCAACUUUCACAACAUUGUCAGAAUUGGCAUCUAUGGCACCCACUGCUGGAGGGCAGUACCAUUGGGUUGCAAUGUUAUCUCCCCCAAGCUGUAGCAAAUUUUUAAGCUACAUUACUGGUUGGAUGACGGCCGCUGGAUGGCAAGCUGUAGUGGCUUCAGCAGCUUAUUUGAUAGGAACACUGCUUCAAAGUGUGAUAGCUCUGACCCAUCCUACAUAUGUCCCCCAGCCUUGGCAGGCCAUGAUGUUUCUGUGGGCCAUUCUUGCAUUUGCAGUUUUUAUAAACACUGUGGCGAGUAGGACUCUUGCACACUUCGAGGGUGUCAUUCUCAUCCUACACAUUUUUGGUUUCCUUGGUAUCCUCAUCCCGUUGGUGUACCUUGGACCGCAUGGCGAUACCUCGUUCUUCACUACGUUCGUCAACAGCGGCGGCUGGAAGACUCAGGGGCUUUCCUUCAUGGUCGGACUCCCCGCGUCGGUUUUCUCCUUGAUUGGAGCAGAUUCGGCAGUCCAUAUGGCCGAAGAAAUCAAGAAUGCAUCCGUAAUCGUACCGCGAGCGAUUCUCAUCAGUAUUGUGCUGAACGGUAUUUUGGGCUUCGCAAUGAUGCUUGCCUACCUUUUUUGUCUAGGCGAUCUCGCGACAGCUUUAGAUGAAACAACUCGGUACGGAUACACUUUUCUAUAUGUAUUCUACAAUGCCACAGGAUCUACCGGAGGGACUGCGGUCAUGGGCAUCAUAAUUGUCGUUUUGGGAAUCUGCAGUACUGUAGGAGUACUUGCUUCCUCGUCCCGCCAGUUGUGGUCAUUCGCCCGAGACCAAGGCGUACCAUUUUGGAGACAGCUCACUAUGCUCGAUCCUCGCACGUCGAUUCCCAUCUACACGAUCGCUGUAACCACCAUAAUCUCUGUCCUCUUAUCGCUCAUCAUCCUUGGCUCUAGCGUAGCUUUUAACAACAUUGUCAACCUCAGUAUCGCAGGACUUUACGCUUCCUACUUCCUGAGUGCUGCUCUUUUGCUCUGGCGUCGCCUCCAACCAGGUGGUAUCAGACCCUAUAGCUCCGACACAUCGCUCGUAGGCCCAGGAAACCUUUCAUGGGGUCCUUGGAGCAUCCCAGGAUUCAUAGGGACGCUUAACAAUGCCUUUGCAUGCUGUUACCUUGCUUUGUUGUGGUUCUGGGCUUUCUGGCCCCCAGGCACGCCAGUCACUCCACAGAAUAUGAAUUUUAGCGUACUUGUAUUUGGAUUCGUAUCGCUCUUUGCUGCAAUCUGGUAUGUGGCCAUAGGGCAAAAAGCAUAUCGGGGUCCGAUUGUUGAGGUACACCUGUAGAUAUCGC